UUCUGGACUGACAGCGGUCAAGCCCUGUUUGCGCUUUGUAGAUUUGGGGAAAUUGAAAAUCCAAAACUACAAAAGCUAUUUUUUUCAAAGGCAUGAAGUAGAGUGUAUUCGAAGGCUGUGCCGGUGGGUCGGUUACAAAUCGCUCGUUCUGUCUUGUAAGCUAUGCUGCUUUAGUCCUUUUGUUGUUGUCAAUAUGAGCCGUCUACACGGUGUUUUGAGGCUUGCUGGGCCUGCAGCCCGCGUAAUGUUGCCUUCUCGAGGAUUCCUUCAAAUUCGAUCCGCCAGUGUUCUGCCUCGUUAUGAGCCCUUUGAGAAUAGGCAUAUUGGUCCAUCCAAGAAUGAGCAGGAGAUUAUGCUACAGGAGUGUGGUUUGUCAGGUUUGGAUGAUCUGACGGACAAAACGGUGCCAGCUGAUAUUAGGCUGGAAAAGCCUUUCAAAAUUCAAGCAGCUGACAGUGAGCAGGAACUUCUAGAGCGACUUCGCCAAUUUGGCAGCCGCAAUAAAGUCUAUCGCUCUUAUAUUGGUAUGGGCUACCACAAUUGCCAUGUGCCAAGAACUAUCCUACGAAACAUCUUGGAAAAUCCUGGAUGGACCACGCAAUACACACCAUACCAGCCUGAAGUUGCCCAGGGUCGCCUGGAGUCGCUUCUCAACUACCAGACUCUAGUUUGUGACAUGACGGGAAUGGAGAUUGCUAAUGCCUCCCUUUUGGAUGAAGCAACUGCAGCUGCCGAGGCAAUGGGCCUUUGUGCAAGGAAAUCUCACAAGGACCGGUUCCUGGUCGAUGCCAACAUGCAUCCGCAGACUUUGGCCGUGCUGCGGACCCGUGCAAGAUCAUUGAAGAUGAACCUCGAUGUAAGACCAUGGCAAGAGUUUGACUUGGCUGCUGGUGACUUGUGUGGAAUAAUGUUCCAGUACCCGGACACAAAUGGUCAUGUAGAGGACUUUGCUGCUUUGGUCAAGGAGGCCAAAGAUAACAAGGUAUUAACAACAUGUGUCACGGACCUGCUUGCGCUAACCAUCCUCACUCCACCGGGUGACUUUGGUGUAGACAUUGCAGUUGGUAACAGUCAGCGAUUCGGAGUGCCGCUCGGAUAUGGAGGUCCCCAUGCAGCCUUCUUUGCCACUCGAUCCAACCUUGCCCGGGAAAUCCCAGGCAGGGUUGUAGGAGUAUCAAAGGAUGCGAAUGACAAGGUGGUGUACCGCUUGGCACUGCAAACGAGAGAGCAACAUAUUCGGCGAGAUCGUGCCACAAGUAACAUUUGUACUUCUCAGGCUCUCCUGGCCAAUAUGUCUGCAAUGUAUGCUGUCUACCAUGGACCUGAGGGGUUGCGGAAAUCUGCCGAAAGACUUCAUUUUGCUGCCCGAAUUUUAGCAGAAGGUGUGAAGGAUGCUGGUCAUUCAUUGCACUCUGAACGGUUCUUCGACUCGAUCAAGGUGACUUGUUCCUCACCAUCUGCAACUGAAGUUAUGCGUGCUGCCAAUCAGAAUCAAAUCAACCUUCGCCAGUAUGAUGACUGUUCGAUUGGAGUGGCAUUAGAUGAGACGGUGACGGACAAGGACUUGGCAGAUUUACUGGACAUAUUUGGUGUUCAGAAAACUGCAGAGCAGCUGGUUACCGAGUGCGGUUUGGCACCAGAAUCUCUCAGAAUACCCGAGGAUGUACAGCGGAAAUCUACUUACUUGACACACGAAGUCUUCAAUAAAUAUCAAUCUGAGACAGAAAUUGUUCGUUACAUGAAGCACUUGGAGAACAAGGACAUCUCAUUGGCAUACACAAUGAUUCCUCUUGGCUCCUGUACCAUGAAGCUCAAUGCAACAACAGAGAUGGAGCCUAUCAGCUGGCCAGAGUUUGCCAACAUUCACCCGUUUGUACCCAAUAGCCAGGUCGAAGGCUACCGACACAUCCUUGCUGAACUCGAAGAGGAUCUUUGCAAGAUCACGGGUUACGACGCGUUCAGCUUCCAACCGAACAGUGGUGCCCAAGGAGAGUACACUGGGUUGUGUUGCAUUCGCUCUUACCUGGACGACAUUGGCCAGACACAACGCAACAUUUGUCUUGUACCCAAGUCAGCUCACGGCACUAACCCUGCCAGCGCACAGAUGGCUGGCAUGAAAGUGGAGUCAAUUACUACCGACAGCAAUGGCUACUUAGAUGUUGCAGACCUCAGAAAGAAGGUGGAAUCGAAUAGAGACAAGAUCGCAUGCAUUAUGAUUACAUAUCCAUCUACAAGUGGAGUCUAUGAGGAGAAUAUCAGGGAAGUGUGCGAUUUGAUUCAUGAUGCCGGUGGCCAGGUUUAUCUGGAUGGUGCCAAUCUGAAUGCCCAAGUUGGUCUGUGCCGGCCGGGAGAUUUUGGCGGUGACGUGUCCCAUCUCAAUCUGCACAAGACAUUCUGUAUUCCUCAUGGUGGUGGCGGGCCUGGCAUGGGUCCCAUUGGAGUUAAAUCGCAUCUAAUUCCAUACCUUCCCAAUCACCCUAUCGUUGAGAACAGUUCAAAGUCUGGUGAGAAGAGUAUCGGAACCAUCUCAGCAUCGCCGUAUGGCUCCACUUUGAUUCUGCCUAUCUCGUGGGCGUACAUCAAACUCAUGGGCUUUUCUGGUCUACGAAAAGCAUCACAGGUUGCCAUGCUCAAUGCCAACUAUAUGAAGGCGCGUCUCUCUAAGCAUUACGAUAUCUACUACAAGUCCAAGAAAGAUAUGGUUGCACACGAAUUCAUUUUAGACACAACGCCAUUCAAGAAAACGACAGGUAUCGAUGCCACCGAUAUCGCCAAGAGAAUGCAAGAUUAUGGUUUUCAUGCACCGACCAUGUCGUUCCCUGUUGCGAACACGCUCAUGAUUGAGCCGACCGAAAGCGAAAACAAGGCCGAGCUGGAUCGCUACUGUGAUGCUCUCAUCUCCAUUCGUGAAGAGAUAGCUGAAGUUGAGCGUGGGGAUUAUGAUCAGAAGAACAAUGUGCUCAAGAAUGCACCUCAUCCACAGUAUAUUGUCUAUUCUGACAACUGGGGUAGACCAUACUCAAGACAGAAGGCAGCAUUCCCUGUUACGUGGCUGCAACCAGGUAACAAAGUGUGGCCAAGCACUGCGCAGUCCAAUGAGGUGUAUGGAGAUCGCAACUUCCAGUGCACUCGCUAUGCCAAGGACGAUGGUGCCACGACUCAGAUUUGAGGAGCUACGCCCAGCAUUUCCCCCCAACCAUUCCAUGGGGUACCAGUACGGUAUACGUCUGUGUGUGUGCAUUGUAUUGAGACCACUGGUCAACAGCGCAGCACCACCUUUAUUACACUACAGUAUUUCAGUUCAACAUGUCUCUUCACAUCCGGAGAGCAGCUGCUAGGACACUGAGACUCGCCGUGAACGUCUGAGACGUCUUCAGCACCUCCUGUUUCAGCAGCAAAACACCAGUCAUUGAAUUUUAACGGAGAUCAAGAGACGUGCGUGUAUAUGUUACCUCGAGUGCAUCGAGAUCCAGAGAUCAAACCAAAGUAACGCCGACUCCACGCUACUGCCAUGCUUUUCAACCAUACUUGUAAGUACCCAUAAUGUACAUCCAGUCUUAUUUUAUACUAAUAACUGUAUAUUUAAUUACUUCAUAUGAAGGACUGCCAAAGCCGAAUUCUACCUUUCAUUGCGCUCGUUCCUCCCCCCCCCCCCCCCCCCCCCCCCCCCGCCCAAGGGCGAAGGUAUUUCUUUCUGAAACUUCCUGAAGUCCAGUGUCUAGAUGCUCUGUUGCUAACCUGUUAUGACCAGCUGAAAUACUGUACACUGCGCUGUGUAUUGUGUGUCCACUUGAAGAUUUACAUUGAAUGUCCGAGUUAUUUGCCGAAUCUGUUCACAUCUCGGUGCCCACAUUUUAGUUGACAUAAUUAUUUGAUACCGUAGCGAGGUUUGUGCCAUAUAUUUUUUUAAAUAAUUAUUUCUUCAAGUUUCACUAAUAUCCUAUGCUAUGUCCUUGUCCGUAGUAAGUGUCAGGGUUGAUCAGUGCAGCCAGUGCUGCAUGCCGCUCCUGCUGCCCUCCGUUUGUCCCAGCUGCUACGUGUACUCUUUCUGUGGUACGCAUCUGUAAAGUACAUACAGUCUGCUAUGCUGUCUAUCAAGAAUACAUAAACUUCACGGUACUCUUGUGUCAGUUCGGGCUCUUGUAUAAACAGUGUUGCAUUGACCAUUGAUUUAUGCCAUAUGUACAAGUCCGCUCCUGGCCCGCCUGAUCAUGAUUCGACUGGUUACCGAUGAUGACUUUACCCAGUUCUGCUUUCUCAACAAAUAAUCUUCCAACCCUCGGGUAUGGUUCUCUU